CCUCAUCUCUCCGACUUCCCUCCUCUAUAUUCCCUCCUAUUUAUUAUCUCUCAAACAAAAAACAGGCACAUGCCCACACAGUUAUCAUGGCAUUGUCGAACAGCGGGCUUGAUUCGUUUAUUCGCAUAGAGGGGUCGCCCAGCCUUGCAAACCCCCCCGCCACGGUACGGAGAGAUAAGCAGGGCAUUCCAAUUCCCCCUUCAGAAUUCGAACUUAAUGACAUACGCCCAUCUCCCUCUACGACUCUACCCUUUGCCCGCGAUGUCCCCCCUAAUGACGUCGAGAGCAGUACCCCGCCGACGCCCACCACCCCCACUGGAGUCGACCUCCUCCAGACAUUCACCAAUCCUCCCAUGAACAAAUAUCGCAUGGCAAGCUCAACUUUCAUGAACUUCGCAAACGGCGUUAAUGACAGUGCUCCCGGUGCCCUCAUCCCCUACCUCGAGAAGGCCUACUCCGUCAACUACGCCGUUGUCUCCCUCAUCUUCAUCUCCAACGCCCUCGGCUUCAUCGUCGCCGCCCCUCUCACCCACGCCAUCGAGACUCGCCUCGGUCGAGCACGCACGCACCAGGUCGCUCUCUCCAUCCUAGCCGUCGCCUACGUGGCCCUCCUCUGCGCGCCCCCCUUUCCCGUCAUCGUAAUCUCCUUUUUCUUCCUCGGUUUCGGCAUGGCUGUCAGCCUCUCCCUCAACAAUGUCUUUUGCGUCGGUCUCUCAAAUGCCACUGCGGCCCUCGGUUUCCUCCACGGCGCCUACGGCGUAGGGGGUACUAUUGGCCCGCUCAUCGCCACAGCCCUCGCCUCCAAUGGCGUGAAGUGGAGUUACUUCUACAGCAUUCCUCUAUUCUUCGCCCUCUCAAACAUCACCGCUGCAACUUUUGCCUACCGCAACUACGAGGCCGACGCCCCAGCAGCGCAACUAAUGACAGCGCUCGAACAGACCGCCUCGAGACAGCAAACCAACACACCAACGCGCAUGCAGACUCUCAAGCUUGCCGCGCGCAACAAAACUACCAUCCUCGGCUCCCUCUUCAUCUUUGCCUACCAAGGCGCUGAAGUCAGUAUUGCUUCUUGGCUCGUGUCCUUCCUCAUCAGUUACCGCCACGGUGAAGCCGGGCAGGUUGGGUACGUCAGCUCUGGUUUCUGGCUGGGCAUUACGCUGGGCCGGAUCUUCCUGUCGCCGCAGGCCGCGCGACUGGGCGAGAAGACGUCCGUCAUACUGCUAGUCGCAUGCUCGCUGGUGUUGCAGGUGGUGUUCUGGUCCGUGCCUAACAUCAUUGGAAACGCGGUUGCCAUUUCGAUUGUUGGUUUAUUGCUAGGGCCGGUGUAUCCAUGUGCGGCGGCCGUGUUUAGCAAGUUGCUGCCGCGCGACUUGCAGGUGCCGAGCUUCAGUCUGAUUUCAGCGAUGGGGAGCAGUGGAGGCGCGUUUGCGCCGUUUAUUACGGGAUUGUUGGCGCAGAAGCUGGGGACGGUGGUGUUGAAUCCUGUGACGAUUAUUUUGUAUUGCUCGAUGGUGGUGGCGUGGCUUUGUCUGCCAAGGAUCGUGAAGAGGACCGAGUAGAUGUGUGUUGGAUAUUUUGGUAUGAUGGGACGAUAUUGCAGGCAGGAACAGGACACUGUGAUAGUGUCUAUCACGGAUACGGAUGGUCAGUAUAUUUAUUUCCCGAACUGACGAUAAUAACGGCCUUUGCGAUAUAUUUUCUAGAACAAUUAAUGACGACGUUUAUGAAAAAUUAGAAUAGAAAUUCAAACAGGACUAUAAUAUUAUAGCAAUAUAUAUGCACUUUUCCGCUCUAGCCAGACCUGGGUAAUUAAAUGAAACAGGCUAUAUAUGUGGUUCUAUGGGGUUUGAAUCUUUCACAGAUCUAGCAUGUUGAGUCUGGCGUCAAAGUAAGCCUCGGAGAACAUUGCGCCGUGCUACAAAAGG